UGAGCAAGAAGGGCAACCGGAAGUGACGCCAAAACAGGAACCUGCCCCGUCGUGGAAAGAAAAGAUGGCGGGGGACUCCUCAAUGGAGCUUCUGUUUUUGGAUACUUUCAAGCAUCAGAGUGCAGAGCUGACUAAUAUAGAUGUGGUGAGGUUUCCUUGUGGCGUGCUGGUGACAGAGAUUCGAGUCAUUCCUCCUGGUAUCAAAGCUCACAGCAGCCUCCCAGACAGCAGAGCUUUCGGGGAGACGGCUCCACAUGCCUUCCAGUUGGACCUGUUCUACAACAACCUGUCUAAAGCCAAUACACCUGUGUUUCAUCGUCUGGGCAGUUUGGAGUAUGAUGAAAACAAGUCCAUUGUCUUCAGACCCAGUGGAAAGGUGAACACAGAUGGUCUGGUCUUGCGGGGCUGGUACACGUGCCUCACGGUGGCAGUGUAUGGGACGGCUGAACGCUCGCACUCACACUCGCCCCCUCCACCCCCGCCUCCUCCCCCACAACAGCCCACACAGAAGCGGGGGAGUAAGCAUGAGUGGGAGAGUGAGGAGCAGUUUAACGGCAGCCCUCCCAGACCACAGCCCAGAGGCCCUCGCACACCCCCUGGUCCUCCCCCGCCUGACGACGACGAUGAUGAUGCCGUCACUGUGCAAGGCCCGGUGAAAGAGGAGAGAGUUGAUGGGGAGGAGUUCCUGGAAGCAGUGUCUCCUGAGCCGGGCUCGGUGCGAACUGAGGAGCCCUUCUCUGAGCCUGAGCCUGAGGAGGAGGAGGUGGGAGCCGAGCCGGAGGAAGAGGAGGAAGAAGGCACAGAGGAAGGCACCGAGCCUGACGAGGAAGUAGAGGAGGAGGAGGAGAUGGAGGCAGAGGUUGAGGAGGAGGAAGAGGAGAUGGAGGAAGAAGAAGGUGGGGAUGACGGUUAUGAACAGAUCUCCAGUGAUGAGGAGGACCUGGAGAGCGGCGCCUUCAAGCUGCCCAGCUUCGACGUGGACUACACAGCAGAGGACCUGGCCUCGGUGCCCAGCGUCCAGUACGACCCGUACGAGCGGGAGCUGCGGCCCCUCCAGCACUUCACACCACCCCAGACCACACAGUACGAGGCCCAGCUCAGCUGCCUCAAGAACCAGGACCUCGACGACCCCACGUCUGCGUGGGCCGAGUCUGCAGCCAAGCUCACAGAGCUGCUGGAGUCUGGAGGCAGUGAUGAGUUGGGUCCUCGCUGGAUUAUUGCCCUGGAGGAGGUGCCUCCGGUUCUGGUGAAGGGCCUGAGCUUCCUGGUGGCCAAGGAGCCGGAGACGGCGCAGGGUCACCUGGAUCGCCUGAUCCGCUGGGCGUGCCACGCGCUGAGCCUGAGCUCCGCCCUGUCCCAGCCCAUCGCGCUCAACCUGCGGCAGCUGAAGGCCGGGGCCAAGCUGGCCUGUGCGCUGGCCGACUGCGGCGGCGACGUGGUGUCUGCCCUGCUGGACUGCGGUGUGCUGGGGACGCUCCUGGAGAUGCUGUUUGCCGAAUACAUCUCCUCAGCACUGAAGCUCAACGCCCUGCGCGCCCUCCACGCAGUCGUCGACCAGCCGCAGGGUAUGGAGGCGCUGAUGGGCCACAGGCGACGACGAGGAAGAGGAGGAGGAGGAGGAGGAGGAGGAGGAGGAGAGGAUGGUUGUCAGGGCGAGGGGGAUGCGGAGGAUAAAGUUAAAAGGGAGGCCAGUGCGUACCAGCGUCUGCUGGAGCUUUUCCUGCUGGACCAGACGGUGCGCGUGGUUACAGCCGGAGCCGCCGUCUUGCAGAAGGGCCACUUCUAUGAGCUGCUGGGGGAGCUGCGGCGCUGCGCUGGGGCCUGGGCUGAGAGGAACCCUACCGCCACCACCGCCGCAGACGCGGAGAGGGAGGUGGACGAGGGGGCAGGAGAGGCGGAGGAGCGCGAGGGAGGAGGGACCGAGGCGGAGGAUGAGGGUGAGCUAGAGCGCGUGCAGGGACUGCUGGAGGAGCUGCUCCACCUGCUGGUGACAGCGCCACACUGCAUGCUGCAGCCACCUACUAAAGCCUUCCCCACCACGGCCCGCAUCACUGGACCAGUGGACACAAAUGAUCCUUACCCAACUCUUUACAGGUACAUGCACGCGUGUCACUUCCUGGAGUCUCUGGUGGUGGUGAUGUCCCACCCUGCGGCGGGCGGUCACCUGGGGCUGGUGCAGGUGGUGCGCGAGGUGCUGCGCUUCCUGUCGCAGUCGCAGCAGGGCCUCCUCUUCCUGCUCAGCCACCACCAGCCCACCAGCCUUCUCCUCAGGGUGCUUUCCCCGCUGCCUGCGCUCACGCACCCCCUCACACACACUCUCAUGGAGACCGAAACGGAGGAGGCCGUGCAUAGCAGCGAGGCCUGCUCAUUGGAGGACAGCUUUUGGGCGUGGCUGGUCCAGGUUCUGCACGCGCUACAAGGGGUGGCUGAGUUGAUCGAGGCGGGGAUGGAAGGAGACGGAGAGGGACUCGGGGAGGGGCCCGUGGUGCUGUCGACGCUGAACAGCCUCUACCUGAUCAGCUUCAGCCCCGGCGGGCGGGACGCGCUCACACACACACUCUGUCUGGACAACAACAUCACCUGCCUGACCAACAUACUGCAGCAUCAUGCCAAGGAGGGACAAGGUGAGGGCAAGGUACGCAAGUCGGUGGCCUAUAACUACGCCUGCAUGCUGCUUCUGCUGCUGGUGCAAAACUCCAACGACGUCAGGAUGCUGGAGAACCACUCCACCACUCUACUGAGCGCGUGCAAAGCUGAUGACAACAAUGCCAAACUGCUGGAACUCGGCAAAUGGCUGGAGCCGCUGGAGAAACUGCGAUUUGACAUCAGCGCCAUCCCAACGCUCAUCGAUUAUGUAAAAGAAAAUAUAGAGAGCCUGAUGACACCAGAAGGGGCGGGACUUUGCACAGCUCUGCGAGUUCUCUGCUAUAUUGCCUGUCCUCCACCACUUGUUCCAGGCCAACAGAAGGAGCUGAAGUGGACCGUGGCGGUGAUGGCUCUGUUCUCCGGCGAGGGCCUGGACACGUUUGUGCGCGUGCUCCAGAAGCUGUGCCAGCUGCUGCUGCUGCCCUGGCGUCUGCACGGGCCGCUGGGGCCUGGCACGCAGCGCGUCACCGUCAUGUCGGUGGCCUCCUGCACGCUGCGGCUGCUGCGCACCAUGCUGAGUGAACUGCUGCAAGGGAGUAGUGGCGGCGGCGCCGGGCACGAGUGCCGCGACACGCGCAUCCCGGCCGUGUGCGUGUCCCUGCACGCGGUGCUAUGCUCCACGCCAGCCACGGGCAGGCUGGACGGGCAGGAGCUGCGUGUUCAGGCGGAGCUGGUGGACGUGCUGCUGACACUCACAAAGGCGGUGGGCAAGAAGGAGGCCGCCACCGAGGAGACGCUGGCCGGGCACAGCUGGGCACUCACGCUCAAGGAGGUGCUCACCUCCAUCCUGGCGGCGCCUGAGAACAUCUUCAGUGGGCUGACGCUACUGUCAGAGCUGCUGCCGCUGCCACUGCCCAUGCAGACCACGCAGGCGUUGUCGGUGCAGGACGUGAGCGUGGCUCUGAACACGCGGAAGCUCUGGAGCAUGCACCUGCAGGCUCGGUCGGGCAUGCUGGUGGACGUGCUGCGGAGCGUGGGCGUGAGCAGCUGCCCACCCCUGCAGGCCAUGAUGCGCCGCGUCUGUGUGCAACUCUGUGACCUGGCAGCACCCACCGCCACACUGGUCAUCCGCACGCUCCUGGAGCAGCUGCAGGAGGAAAUACAGCCGGAACGCGUGUGUUCACGGUUGCCACGGUUACUUGCACUCCUGGACUCGUUGGCCUCGCAGCGCUGCUGUAAGGCGGCCAUGUUGCCCCUGCUGGGCGGGGCCACCCGUGUCGAAGGGCUGGACCUCCUCCCUCCUCUGAUGUCUCUGCUUCUUCCCCCAGCUGAUGCUAACAUCACGAUACAGCAGAGUGCUGACGUCGUAGCCUCCAUCAUCCAGUCCCUUUGUGAUCAGGACAUCUCUAUGGUUGUCAGUGGCUCCGGGGAGGGGUGUGUAUCGGAGGCAGAGCAGCUGGCUAACGCUCUUCCAGCUCGUGAGAUUUUGGCCAGCAUCUGUGACGGUCUACUGGAGGUGCUGGGACACACACCCAGCACACACACUCUCCUGCUCACCUGCCUGCGCACCCUCAUGAUCCUCACUGAGCAUGAGUACGGCCUUCACCACCUCAAGAGCUCCAUGAAGAAACACAACACUGCAGUUGUGUCUUUGAUGAAGAGGGAGAUCAGCGUCUUCACUAAAGACUCUCCUGUGGUCCUCUCUGCUCUGCUUGACUUCCUCCGACAAAUGCUGAACUCUGAUUCAGUGGAUGAGGAGAUUGACUCCCGCUCCAUGGCUCUGAGUGCGUAUGAGAUGAAGCAGCUGCUGCAGUGGAAGGAGGACUCCAAGGAGCAUCCACUGCUGGAGCUGGAGAAACACCUAACGGUGAAGGAUGACGAUUCACAGGAGGCUCUGCUGGAAGGCCUGGCCGCCUUAAGACAGAUUCUGGAAAGUUCUGCGGACACGCCGCCCAGCGAGCCUGACAUUGAGCCUAACCUUCCCCAGCCUGACGCGCUGCAGAUGCAGUACAACCACAGGACGGUGUAUGUCCUGUCUGAUGUGAUGGAUGAGCAGCUUAAAGCCCUCUGGUUCUCACCAUUCCACCCUGAAGAGCUGGAUACUGACCUGGAAGUGGUGAAAGUGGACCUGUUGACUCUGGCUCAGCAGUGUGUUCCUGAUCUGGACCUGCAGGCAGAGUUGGAGCGGUCCUUCCUCUCCGAGCCCACCUCCCCCGUCCACCGGAACCCAAUCAAAGGCUUCAGACUGGGAAAACACAAGCAUGAGACCUUCAUCACCUCCAGUGGUAAGGCGGACUAUACCGAGCCAGCGAAGCGCGCCCACAUCAUGGCACAACCUCGUGGGCGGGGCCGGGGCAUGUUCAACCAGCAAGGCUGCCGGCCGCACGACAUCUUCCGCCAGCGUAAGCAGAACACCAGCCGCCCCCCCAGCAUGCACGUGGAUGACUUCCUGGCUGCCGAGUUCAAGGACGUGGGCCCCGCGGGCCCUGGAGGACUCAUCAUGCCCAAGCGGCCGCCCAAGGGCGGGGCUAAACCACCAACCAGAGGCCUGUUCACAGCAGGCAGCAGGGGGAGGGGCUUCCCAAGCCACACCCGAUUUUUCACCCCACCUGCUCCCAAGAGUGUGCUGCUCACAAGUAAUUACCCUCGUCGUGAGGGUGGGCGUGGCUCCAGCUGGAAUGCCCAGGUGACGGGUGUGACUCACAGACCAACGUAUGGUGACGCUCGUGGCGGGCAGAGCAACUUCGCCAGAGGACCAAUCGCACCCCGACAGCCACCCACAGGUGCAUAUCGAUUGGCUACGAGGGACCGUGCUCCCCGAGGCAGAGGGACUGGCCUAUCCUGGCUGAGUGGAGGCGGAGCCGGUGUCAGUGGAGGAGGAGUUGGUGGCAGCAGUGGGCGGGGCUCCCAGGGAAAGUUCAGCAGUGGUGGGCGGGGUCGUCACGUACGCUCCUUCACGCGCUGAUCAAUUACCUGUAGGCCUCUCAAAUGGCCCAAUCAGAAAAUGCUUUUGUGUCUGAGAGGCACAGCGGACAUGUCAUUAUGUGGAUAAUGCUUUUGUUUCCUCAUGUUUUGUAUUUUUAAUCGUGUUGAGUUUAGUAAAGUCUGAACGUUGAUGAAGCAGUGGCCUUAUUUCUGUGCAGUUGUGUUUGGCUGGCAUGAUCCACUGGCUGGUGUACCAAUUGAUGGUAAGAUCAUGGCCCUAACAGUGGACGUCACUAGAACUACAUAAUGAGAUGACAAUCCUAUGACUAGGACUAUGACUAUAACAGCCUAUCAUGUCUGCUGUGUAAAAUCAGCGGGAAUCAUCUCAUCCUAUCAGGAUACAGUGACAGGAUGAUGCUGAGUGGCUCCCUAUGGAUGGGAUGAGUUGGGGGGGGGGGGGGGGGGGGGUCCAUGGGAUGACCCCCGGCACUGUACACAUCAGAACUGUGACAAAAGCUGUAGAGAUGGAUCUGGGGGUACACUGGUAAAACUUUAUUAAAAAUGCACAGACAUA